GGAGCCGCGCAUGCGCAGAGGGAAAGCGGAAUCUACACCUUCCCGGCCGGCGGUAGCAACUGCAGAAGUGCAGGAGACAAUCUUGCUGGACAAGGCGGCGGCGGAGGAGGGAGCGACCGGAGGGGGUUGGCCUGGCGUGCACUCCGCACCCCGGGAACGUUAUUGCGCGUGGAGCGUCUGCUUUUGGAAGACUAUUGCUCAGAAGAGAAGAUGUUUGGUUUUCACAAGCCAAAGAUGUACCGGAGCAUAGAGGGCUGCUGUAUCUGCAGAGCCAAGUCCUCCAGCUCUCGGUUCACCGACAGUAAACGCUAUGAAAAGGACUUCCAGAGUUGUUUUGGGUUGCAUGAGACUCGUUCAGGAGACAUCUGCAAUGCCUGUGUCCUGCUUGUCAAAAGAUGGAAGAAAUUGCCAGCAGGAUCAAAAAAAAACUGGAAUCAUGUGGUAGAUGCGAGGGCAGGACCCAGUCUGAAGACUACAUUGAAACCAAAGAAAGUGAAAACUCUGUCUGGAAACAGGAUAAAAAGCAACCAGAUCAGUAAACUGCAGAAGGAAUUUAAACGUCACAAUUCUGAUGCUCAUAGUACCACCUCAAGUGCCUCUCCCGCUCAGUCUCCUUGUUACAGUAACCAGUCAGAUGAUGGCUCAGAUACAGAGAUGGCUUCUGGCUCUAACAGAACGCCCGUUUUUUCCUUUUUAGAUCUCACAUACUGGAAAAGACAGAAAAUAUGUUGUGGGAUCAUCUAUAAAGGCCGUUUUGGGGAAGUCCUCAUCGACACACAUCUCUUCAAGCCUUGCUGCAGCAAUAAGAAGGCAGCUGCCGAGAAGCCAGAGGAGCAGGGCCCAGAGCCUCUGCCCAUCUCCACCCAGGAGUGGUGACUGAGGUGUUUGCAGAAGGGGAACCAGAAAACCAUCUACAUUUUGGAAAGGAAACAGAGCAACAAAUCCUGAUAUUUUUAACCUGGAUUACCUGCUAUUCUGCCAAAAGACAAUUUCUAGAAUAGUUUUGAAUGGGUUAUUUCUCUUCCAGUUCCACAAACUCUGAAGCCAGUGUCUAGCUUACUAAAAGAAAAAAAGUGUACAUAAUAUUUAAGAUGCUGAGUAUUUCAUAGGAAAGCUGAAUGCUGCUGUAAAGUGCUCUUUAAGUCUUUUUUUUUUUUUAAUCCCCUUCUAAUGAUUUGAAACUAGGGGAAUUUCAGGGGACAGAGAUGGGAUUUGUUGUAUGAUAACUUACGUAGUUUUAGUCUUUCUAUAUUGAGAAGCAGUGGUUGGGGCAUUUUAAAAAAAAUGGCUGGCUAUACUUGUUUUCCUUCAUGGUAAUAAAUUCGCCAUAACUCGGUAACAUGGACUUGCCCCUAGAGGUAGUUGUUAAUAAUUUUGAAAUAAUAAGGUCUUGCCUAGGUUCUGAUGAUUCAAACCUGUACUACUGAAUAUUAAAAGCAGGACAGACUAAGCUCUCUUGCAAAAACCUUGAAGGAGUAAUUUUUAAACAUACAGAGAGGUAACUUGACUGUAUAUGUUGCAUCCUGUGUCACCUCCCUCCGUACUGAUAUUUGAUAAAGACUUUAUAUGAAACUUCUACAGCAGAGUCAGAGUUCCUCUUGGGGAAGUGUCAGGCCUUCAGGAUGAGCAGUCCUAAGUGAACAGUACCAAAGCAUCACCACAUGGUAGAGAACACACUAUUAAAAUAAAAAUGUUAUCUGAGAAACACGGUGUGCAAAUUUUCAGGAUGGCACAAGUGAAAAGGUGAAUGCUUCUUGGGGCACAUUUCUUAGAGGGCUUGUUGAGUGUGUAAAUAAUUGACUCGAUUGUGUUACAUGACCGGUGACUUCAUUGAAAAUCUGCACAAUUCAGUUUUAGUUCUGGAUUACUUCAGUUGACCUUUGUGAAGGUUUUAUCUGUGUAGAGUGGUUGUUUGACUUGUUUUAGCCUAUUAGGGUUUUGGGGUUUUUUUCACUAUAGUAAAGUUUAAUUCUACUAAAAGAAAAGAGGUGUGUGUGAAUGCUGAGUGGGUUGCUUUUGGUUUGGCUUCUUUUAGUCAGGCUUUGUCCUGAUGCUGAGAUACUAGGUGAUAAAUCCUGGUCGCGGAGCUCUACGAGACUGAAGUCAUCACUAAGAGUCUCUUACUUGAACCCAAACCAGAGUGCCCUCAUUGCCUCUUUUCUAAAAGUUCAGGAACAGUAUAUCCCCAAUUCAGAUUUCAUGAGGGAGGAUCAGCCUGCCUUACAAAUAACGUGACUCAAUGCUUAUUUUUGAAACUGGAUUAAAAAAAUUGGAUGGUAUAACUAAUAAGGAGUGAGCCACUUUCUAUGGGCACCCUGUAGUUUUAUAGUUCUUAAUCUGAAACUUAAAAUUUUAUAUUUUCUUCUUUCGGAAAAAACUACAAGCCACCAUAUGCACAGACUACACAGUGAGUCGGGCCGGCUCUCCCACAGCCGUUGAGGUGUAUGCCAAGAGUCCCAGCCAUUACCAUCUUCCUCCUGAGUUCUUUUGAAAAGGUUUAAAAAAUUUUUUUGUACAUUUUGGCUGCAGUAUUGGUGGUAGAAUAUACUAUAAUAUGGAUCAUCUCUACUUCUGUAUUUAUUUAUUUAUUACUAGACCUCAACCACAGUCUUCUUUUUCCCCUUCCACCUCUCUCUGCCUGUAGGAUGUACUGUAUGUAGUCAUGCACUUUGUAUUAAUAUAUUAGAAAUCUACAAAUCUGUUUUGUACUUUUUAUACUGUUGGAUACUUAUAUAAUCAAAACUUUUACUAGGGUAUUGAAUAAAUUUAGUCUUAUUAGAAAAUAAAAGAA